AUGGAGUUUGAUUAUAUUUUUGGAACUUCUAAUAAUAGUACUACAGACAUUAUAGAGUCAGACAGUGUUUUUAAACUUUUUAAAAAUAGUAUCAUAGAUGUUAUAGAGUUAGACCAUGUUUCUGUUAUUUCUAAUUAUACUAUGAAUAUUAUAAAAUCAGAUCAUAUGUUUGUUACUUCUAAUAAAAAUACUAUAAACAUUACAGAGUUAAAUCAUGCUUUGUAUAUUACAGAGUUAGAAAAUGGUUUUAAACCCUUUGAUGAAGUUCUUGUAGAUAAUAAUAUUGUAGAAUCAGGAUGCAUUUUUACAACUUUUGAUAAGGCUUGUGCAACUAUUGAGAGAUAUGCUGCACAAACAAAUACU